CAGAUCUGUGCAUCUCAGUCCAUCUCCUUCUCCUCAAGGCAGGCAGAUCUCCUGAGCAGUCUUCACCAUGACUUCAUCGAGAACCAUAACAACACGCACCUCUAUUGGAGGUGGAAGCUAUGGUGGCGGCUUUGCAGGAGGUAUGGGUGGGAGCUAUGGAAGUGUGGGUGGGGGAGGCAUACAGCGGAGGUCAGCUUUAAGUGUUCAUGCUGGUGCAGGGGGCACAGGAUCAAGAAUCUCUGUUCCCUCCGGUGGUUUUGGAGGUUACAGUAGUUACAGCAGUGGAGGUGGUGGUGGAGGUAGAAGCUUUAGUUAUAGCAUGUCAGGAGGAGGAGGAGGAGGAGGUGCAGGCUUCAGUGGAGGCUUCGGUGGAGGUGAUAUAGAUGUCGGAGCCAAUGAGAAGGCCACCAUGCAGAACCUGAACGACCGUCUGGCCUCCUACUUGGAUAAGGUGCGCAGCCUUGAGAAUGCCAAUGCUGAGCUAGAGCUCAAGAUCCGCCAGUUCUUGGAGACCAAGGCCUCCCCCACUGCACAUGACUACUCAGCCUUCGAGGUCACCAUUGCUGACCUGCAGAGUAAGAUCCAGGAUGCCACCCGUGACAAUGGAGGCAUCUAUCUGGCCAUUGACAAUGCAAAACUGGCAGCAGACGACUUCAGAACCAAGUUUGAGAAUGAGCUAGCCAUGCGUCAAUCCGUGGAAGCAGAUAUCGCCGGUCUAAAGAGACUGUUGGAUGAGCUGACACUCGCCAGAUCAGACUUGGAGAUGCAGAUAGAAGGCCUCAAGGAGGAGCUGAUCUUCCUCAAGAAGAACCACGAGGAGGAACUGGCAGCUAUGAAGAACCAGAUGAGUGGACAGAUCAAUGUGGAGGUGGAUGCAACACCACAGGUAGACUUAGCUGCCGUUAUGGCUGAGAUCCGUGACCAGUACGAAGCUGUGGCUGCCAAAAACACGAAAGAACUUGAAAACUGGUUCCAAUCAAAGUCAGAGGAGCUGAACAAGGACGUAGCAGUCAAGACAGAAACUCUCCAAACGUCCAAAUCAGAAAUCACUGAGAUCCGUCGCUCGCUGCAGGGCCUGGAGAUCGAGCUACAGUCACAACUUAGCAUGAAAGCGUCUCUGGAAGGCACCUUAGCUGACACAGAGGCACGGUACGCCAUGCAGCUCCAAGCCCUCCAGAUGCAAGUGACAGGUUUGGAAGAACAACUGACAUGUCUGCGUGCUGACAUCGAAAACCAGAGCCACGAGUACAAAAUGCUGCUCGAUGUCAAGACACGUCUGGAGAUGGAGAUUGCAGAAUACAGGAGGCUGCUGGACGGGGAGGGCAGUGCCAGCCUUUCAGGAGGCAGCUCCAGCUCUUCCAAGGUGAUAGUGGUCACACAGGAACUGAAGGACGGCAUGGUGGUGUCCUCCUCCAAAACCACUACCAGCUAAUACUCUGUCUCACGCAGCCAAAGCAACACAUGAGCGCCACAAGCGCUACAUCUGAACCAAUACUUCCUUCACAUACACAUGUGAAUGCAAUAAAAGGUUCUCAGUUUGCUGACUACCA